AUGUUCCAAGCCGCGCUCACCCGCAGCUUAAGCUUCUUCACGACGCGCUUCUCCGAGCCGCCCCCGGAGUCACGCACCGACACCAACGCCAACGCCGCCACACCCUCGCGGUCCAAGACCCCUGACCUCCGCCUCGCGGAGGAAGGCGGUAUCUCUGGCACUGCACCCCGUGCGCUCAACCCCGCUGCCAUGCAGGACGUCAACCUGAAGUACAGUGUAACUGACGCAGGCUCCGGUUCCUCUCGUGCGCCGCUGCGGCUGCAGAGCCGGUUCUCCAGCUCAAGCAGCGAGCGCACCACUUCCCCAAAGCCUCAGGACAAGACGUCCACAGCUGCCGGAUCGUCCUUGCAGGCCGUUUCUUGGCCUCGUGUGCCCGUGGCGGUAGCGCGCAGCAACACGUUCGCCGCCUUCAGGGCCUCCACGGCCGCUCGUGCCCCCCGUGCCGCAGGCACAACUCAACGCCGUCCGGCCCCUAACCCAAUGUCUAACACUGACUCGCUCGAGAGCCUCAGCAUGCUCGGCAGUUGUGGCGAGCUCGGGGGUCCGCGGCCCAAACACGCUGAUACUGCAGUUCCUGAAGACCUGAGUCAUCGUAUCCGUGUAAACAGCGGCCCGACGCCUUUGAUUUGUGUUCGUCCGAUGCAUAUCACGAAAGUGAACUCGGCGGCGAUUUUAAGGGGCUGGGAGGAGCAGGUUGAGAGCGGGCGUGUGCAGUUUGAUUCUGGAUCGGUAAGUGAUGAUGAGUCAGUGAGUGAUUUUGAUUCUGAUCCUUAA